UGGCUCAUAUUUCCCUGGGCCAAUUAAAUGGUGAGACGCGGUAGUUGGGCAUCAGAAACGACACAGACUGCGACUGGCGAGUGUUGUGUUAAGGUCCCUUCUCAAUCACCUCAAAGCAACGCGUGGUUUCGCCGUCGAUCGGGUUCAGACGCUGCGAGGGACAAGAUGAAGUUGAUGCUCAUUCUGCAAGCGUGUUUGGUGGUCGCUACAAUGGCGGAGACUUGGCAACAGAAGUACGAUACUUGGGCUUCGAAUCUCAAACCCGGAUGGACAAUUCAGACAACAAUCCAGGAUGGACGCAAAUGCUACUGUAAAAUGCCGAACGAGACUUUGCCUUCAACAUCGUCGUUUGGAGGUUUCAUUUCGAGCGGCAAUUUAGCUUCCGUCGAAAGUGUGAAGUCAUCCUUUGAACAUAUCUUCUUGACACCUCCCUGAAAGACCUCGGGGCAGCAUACUUUGUAGGUCUGGCUGUCAGCUGACCAGAAGGACCUUGCAUUACCUGCAGUAAAGUUUUAACAACUGUGUUGCGUCUUCCGCUGUAUCAACAUCAAAAUUUCUCCAUCCAAAAGAAAUCAAUGCAUGUAAAUCAUUCUCUGUCUCUAGGGAAUUAAUAUUCACUUUCGGCCAACAAAAAAAUAUGAUUCGGAUAAAUCGGGACCUCACUAAGCAAAGAAAAUUAAGGAAAUAAUCAAAAUUGUCAACGAAAUUUGAUAUGAGGAACACCCUUGCCAAUUUAAUAAAGGUAUUAAUGUUUAA